AUGACUCCCGCCUUCGCAGAUGACUCUCUUCAAGUCCUCGUUUACGCUCCCCUCGCGCGCCCGCGUAUCUGGCAGCGCGACCGUGACAUGGUUGCAUCAUCAUCACUCGCGAUCAACUACACAGGCCCAGUGGCUCGUGCAGAUCGCCCAGACCCAUGGCGCGGUUGCAAGUCCCAUAUUUCCCAAUUCCCCACCCUCUGCAGCCUCCAAUUCACUCUGUCAAAUAGCGAGACGUUCGGACCACGGGACGCGCACGUCGACCUGGGUCUCGGGCUCCGCGGCCGACAACGUCGAAACGGCGGCAGGGGCGCGGACGCCAAUAAGCCACGGCUGAUCCUACUAGGGUCGUGCACGCCGGCGGGGGCCUCGGUCCCCGACAGGGUCGGGGUGGCGGCCGCGUCGAUGCCCCCAGCGUUCGAGUGCGACAUCGCCGCGACAGCGUUGUGGCGGACGUGCGGGGGCGGCUCGCAGCGCAGUAUCAGAACGGGCGGAUAUGUCGGGCGGGGCGCCCCCACGAGCACUGUCGUGCCCGACGUCAGGAGUACGUCAGGCGUCUUGCUCGUCGUCCCCGCCGUCGCACGCGUUGGGCGCGUCGGGGUGGAGGCGCGCGCCCCGAAGAGCUCGAUGACGCGCACUGAUGCGCACGGCGCGACGUCCUGGGAGCGGUGGGCGCGGCGGUGUGAAGAGAAGCAGCGGGAGUUCUGGUCUUAG